GCGGCCGCGGCCGGGGAGAGCCGGGGGGGACACUCUGCCUGGAGGCCGCCGGCCCCGGCAUCGGCGAUGAGCGGCGCCGCGGAGGCGCGGGAGCUGGAGGAGCGGCUGAGGGAGGCGGCGGCGCUGGGGGACCUGGAGGAGGUGCGGCGGCUGCUGGGAGAGGGGGUGGACAUCAACUCCCGCAACGAGAUCAAUGGAUGGACCUGUUUGCACUGGGCCUCUAAGCGGAACCAUGCUCAGGUGGUGUCCUGCCUGCUGGAUGCUGGUGCAGAUAAGCAGAUCCUCACCUCUAAAGGAGAGCUGGCUGCAGAGCUAACUUCAAAACCAGACAUCAGGAAGAUUUUGGGAGUAACAGAGGAGGAAACAGAAAGUCAAGGAGUGAAGGCUUUAAAUUUGCCAAUUGUUGCCAACUACUUGGCCAACCCACCAUUCCCUUACAUCUACACUGAAGAAAGCAUUCCAGAGGGCUUGGCAGAAUCCCAGAAUGAAAGUGCUAUCAUCUCUCCUGCUUCCCAGUGUGAAACCAGUCCUUGUUCAUCAGCAACUCAGGUUGAAAGCAUUUGCACACCUACUUCAUGCAAUAGCGAAGAUGAUUUCCCUGUGCCGGAUGCUGCAGGACAGCUGCUCCCCCCCCCAGCUCCAACCAUGGCACCAAACCCCCCCCAGCCUGAAGCACCCAACGGCUCUGUGUGCCAGCCCUCCCUGCCCCACCUUGGAGGGCAGGAGGUGACAUCCCAGCAGACUGUCCCUCUGCACACUGAUGGUUCACCCACUGGGCCUGCGCCAGCGUUUCAGCCCUUGUUCUUUACUGGAACUUUCCCAUACAACAUGCAAGAACUUGUGCUUAAGGUCAGAGUCCAGAACCUCAGAGACAACGACUUCAUUGAAAUUGAACUGGACAGACAAGAACUGACCUAUCAAGAUCUGCUCAGAGUGAGUUGCUGUGAACUGGGUGUUAAUCCAGAACAAGUAGAGAAGAUCAGAAAAUUACCUAAUACACUCGUAAGAAAGGACAAGGAUGUUGCCAGACUUCAAGACUUCCAAGAGCUGGAAUUAGUUCUCGUGAAAAGUGAGAGCUCUCCUUUCAGAAAUGCUGCAUCAACUUUGACUGAGACACCAUGCUACAACAGCAGAGCAUCAAAGCUGACAUACUGACUCUUCUAGAUACACCUGGAGUAUGAAAACCUGAUAAUUCUAUGCUGCUGCCUUUUGAGGCAGUGAAUUAAGCACGUGUAAAACCUUAAGUUAUUGUUAGGGUUACUAUUUUAACUAAUAGUUUAUCUUUUAUAUUUAAUAUCCCCUUUGCUUUUAUUUUUUUACUUGAGACUGUAUUCAGAUAAGGGAUACCUCAUUUGUCUACUAAAAUUAUGUGCUUCCAAUGUAUUUCAGUGAAGUUUUUUGGUUGUAUUUGGGAACACAGGGCAGGAAAGACUUUAGUUAUUACUACAGAAAGUAAGUUGAGUACUCCCCCUCUUUCAAUAGAAAAGAGAUUCAGUGUGUAUAUUAUGUAUUUUUUAACUUCCUGAUUAAGGUAAAUGUCAGAGGGCAUAUGACAUACAAUGAACAGCUGCUCUCUAAAAACUUAAAACUUGCAGGUCUUUAAUCUCUUCUUGCUCCUUCACAAAGACUUUUCCAAGACAUAUGGUACUGCCUGCUGGGGUCUGCAGUGACUGAAGAAAAACUGUCACUGGGCUGAAAAUAAGUGGAGUAAGAAUGUCCAGAUUUAAGUAUGUUUCUUGCCUAUAUGAGGAUAUAGUAAAUUUAGUGAUGACAUCUCUCCACAAAAAAAUAUAUGGAAGCCUCUCAAUUAAUUAAGGAGCUAUUUGAGUCACCACACAGGUUAAACUGCCCAUUCAAAAGAAACCCUGUAUGUUACAGGAGCUUGAGAGAAGGCACCACAAAUCUGUGUCCAGGGUUUUCUUUAUUUGCUGAAUAAUGUGAGGAAAAUAUGCAUUACUCACACCAGAAGUCAGUGCUGUUAAGUCAGGUAACUUCUUUAUGGCCCACCCUCAAGACUAGGGUGUGUGGUUAGUUUCUGCUGUGUAAGCUGCAGGAGAAGCACAACAGGAUACUCUUGAGGCAUCAUAACUGUAAGGAGCAUAACAAGCUCUUGAUUAACCAUACUAAACUGGAAAUACACACCCUUAGCAAAUGAAUAACCUGUCCCCUUACACACUGCAAUCUACUGUCACAUCUACAUAGUGUAAAAAGCUAAAUGAGUACCAAAAGGGCUGAAUGCCUCCUUUCAACUGAUGCUUUCAAUGCUUUCAAUUGAUUUUUUUGAAAGAAAAACAAACAAAGCAACCCCAAACCUAUGACUCUGGUUAAACUAUAGACUGCUUAACUUACAUUUAAGCAAGUCAGCAGUGAAAACAUUUAUAUCUUUUUAUGUGUGGCAAAAGUAAUUAUAAAGUACUUAAGUUGCAGCAUUGCUGGAGUAUUAACAGCCUGAAGCUUUUCCCAUUAACAUGGUAUUCUGCAAGUUACACCUUAGGAGGCUUUUUGUUUUCUUUGGGACCAAAACCCACAUUGAUGACCUUUGCACCAAAAACCUUAAUUUGGUAUUGGGUGGGUGGAGGGAUGAGGGAGGGGGUUUGUUUUUGUUUUCUGGACGUGAGCUGCUUCCCCUCCCCCUACCCCCUUCCCAUCUCCCCUUUAUGAAGCUGCACUAGAGCAGAGCUUAUGCACAGCUGAUGCAGUGUUUGUUGUUGAUCUGAAUUGUAAUGUUGACAUUCAGACCCAAAAUAGCACAAUCAACAUGUUUUGGUAGGAGCAGCGUGGCUGCUGCCCUGUCUCAGCUUCCUGCAGCACAGCUGCUUCAGCCUUCAAGUGGCUCCUCCAGGCAAGGUUAGUAAGGGCUUGCAUGUCAGUAUAGAAACCCCUCUGCUACAAGAGAUACUCAACUCUGGGUUCAGGAUCUCACCAAGUUACUCUAGGCUUAAAAUUCUUGCUUAGAACAUUCAAAAUAAUUAUAAUCUUUUCCUACUUGCUGCAUAUACAUUUUAUAGCUUAAACUCUGCUAACUCCCUCUCCCUUCUCAAUCCUGGCCCUUCUUCUUUCCAGGAGCUUUGGCUACUUCAAAGCCCAGUUCAACUCUUGGUAAACUCAAGACUGUGAAGUGAAAUUUCCUAACUAUGGCUUCUUUGUUUUUCUUGUAGGACAGGAAAGGAGUUUUCAUUUUAACAACUGUAUAUUUAUCUUUUCAGCACAGCUUGGAGGCUAGUUCAGAUUAUGUGCAAUAACUGUUGGAAAAGCAGUAGUAGUUAAAUGGUUCAAAAUUUAGAGUAUCUGAUUUCUUUUCAGUGCUUUUGUUCAGGAAAUCAGUGUAAAGACUGCCUCCACUAAUGACUAAACAUUCAGCUAGAGAAGCAGCUGGUUUAAAAAAAGCUUUAUUUGCUCUAGAAUCCACCAAGAAUAACUGUUAAUGUGGCAAGACUAAAACUUUAAUCAUGAUAUGACUGUAAUAACAGUAAGUCUAUGCAUUCAGAGAAAUAUUUUUGUAUGUUUUAUGCAGUUUGAUAAACUCUAAGGCACACUAGUUAUGUUAACAGGUUUUUGUUUAAGUUUGUUUGUUUUUCUUUGAACACUAGACCAUUGGUAUGACAACUGAAACUAAGUUUACAAUACUUACCGUUCUUCCAAGGACAACUUUUGCUUGCACUACAAACUUGGACUGAAUUGACAUUGCUACUCUUCACUUACAAUAAAAUAUCAGUUG